GUGCGCAUGCGCAGAUACAUGCAGCCGGACUUGGUGAAGUACUACCGGCACAGCGUCGACUGGGACGACAUGGUCGACCACAUGCAGAACAGCUUCCAGUGCUGUGGCAUCGGACCCCUCGCGUACCAGGACUGGGACCGGAACAGCCGUUACCGAUGCACACCCAGCAACCCCAGCCACGAGCGAUGCUCCGUCCCCGAGUCGUGCUGCCGAGUCAAGAGCGCCGGUUGUGGCAGGAACGUGCUGUCCAAGAGCUGGGACGAAGCGAAGCAGCAGAUACACGGCGACAGCUGCCUGGACAGCGUCCUCAGCUCGGUGCGCCGCAACGUGGUCGUCGUCGGCGGCGUGGCACUGCUCGCCUCCAUAGGGCUGCUGCUUGCAGUGGCCACGACACGGGACUACAUGAACGGAUUACGGCGGCCCAAGCAGGCGCCGGACGCCAGCUGCCAGCGCUUGCCCUACUAUCAGUAAAGAGACACAUCCUGCACGUGUGC